AUGCACUUCAACGCCGACCUCGACAGAGCCCUGGACGAGCUCGCCGUGCUCCCGCCGCAGAGUUUAGCACAGAUUCCAACGCUGCGGAAGAUCCACGCGCGGUUGCGCGACGCGAAUUGUCCGGACGUACUCACGCAAGCGUGCGUCGACGAGCGCGAUUUCCAUGCCCCACCGUGUGCGGCUGACGUCGAUCGAUUGCACGAAAUCUUCGACGCGUGCGCGCGAGGAGGGACGCCGAGCGCGGCGACGCACUACGCGGAGGAGGUGUGCGGCGAUAGUCAGGCAACGAGCGACGACGCGACGGAAGCGUACGUAAGAGACGGACGAUGCGUGUUGGACUGGGUGGAAAAGAGUUUGAGACGAGCGGAGAGCACUUUAGACGCGGGCGGGGGACGGGAGGAGAGCGCAGAGGCGUGCGCACGGACGCUGGACGCGUGCGCGAGGGCGGCUGAGGCGUUGGGAGCGGACGCGAGCGGUAAGGGCGCGAUUGGUGGGUCCGAGGAGACGAAGCGGUUACAGAAAGUUCGCGACGCGGUGGUGUGUCGAGAACUGCAGUGCGAGGCGGUACUGUGGGCGGCGAGGGAAGGUAUGAGUGAUGCAGGAGGCAGGCAUGGUGGACCGGCGGCUUGGGCGGGCGCGGUGCAGAGACGACGCGCGGCGACGUCGCCGGGGACGACCUUCUUGGACGAUUUACUCGCGGGUGUGGGUGAGCAUAGACCGGCGUAUCCGUUCAAGUCGAUCGCGGAGGCGGCGAAGAGCAUCUUUGUCGACGGAAGCGCGGGGCCGGCAGCGCUCCUGGCCAAGCGCUGUUUGUUUCUGUACUUUUUGCUCGAUUCGGGUCUUCCGCACGACGGAUCACCGAUGGAGUACGCGCGACGCGCGAGAAUUCAUCCGCGACUGUACCAGGAAACGCGCGCGGCGGUGUUGCUCGACGAUUUCGAGAGCGAGGCGGCGCUCGACGAGGCGUGUGAAAUCUUGCCUCGAGUGGCGCAUCCCCUCCUUCCGGUCAAGUUCAUCGCGAGCUUGGCGAAUCGACAACGUCCCACCACGGCGUUGAUGGUUUCGCGAGCUCGCGGUGCGUUGACGUCGUCGCCUAACGCGGAGACGAUGAGUCUAGAGGUUUCCAUUCGUCUUGCGUGCGGUCUCAUCUCUGAGGCGUUUCUGUGCGUCAGAGACGCCUUCAACGCGUUCCCAGAACUUCGAGAAUCCAAGGCUGGGACGCACUUGGUACGGUUGCUCUUGGAUCACGGCGUUGAGAAACUAUGCCUGGAACAAGUGCUCGCACUUCCAUUCAACGACGCGACGGAAAAACUUUUGCUCGACCUCCUGUGGGACCGACGAGAGGAUAUCCCGGUCGAGUUCGGCAUUGUUUAUCUCCUGAACCGCGGUCGUCCGCUCGAGGCAGCGGGUCUGUUCUCGCGCGCACGAAAUGAGGGGCGUCUUGUGGACGAGCGCGCCGGAAAGUUGGAGGCACGCUUACAAGAGUGCUUGGCACGAUUGCCGAUCCCGCAAAAGGCGCUCGUGGCGGACAUCGGAGGCGCGUUGUUUGCCGACGCCGCGAUACCUCGCGAUCUCGUAGUCGAUCGCGCGAACGACGGAGACUUGAACAAAACAGCGAACGCAAUGGCGCUCGCGGACGAAAAGAGAGAGUUCCAAGCCGUUUUACGCGGAAAGCCUGGAACCGAGGGCGAGAUUCCGUUUUUGAAGCCGCCUGUCGAGCUGGCGCAGAAGGCGCGCGCAUCGUCGCUCGAUCAAGCGACGUCCAUGCUCGCUUCGGCGUCCAUUCUUGGAAGUCCGGGGCGACCGUUGACGUUCGUUCGACCGCACGAACCGAGCGAUGCACCGUCGUCACCCGCGACGAUGCUCCCGACGACCAAGUCUGGCUUAAAAGUUCCGGAAUCGACGCCAUACGCGUCACCCUUCGGCGCCAUCCCGGUCCGUCGUCCCGCGCACGCCGACGCAUCGACAACGACAACGAUGCCCAAACCGAGCGCCCCCGGAAGUCUUCUCUUCGGCGCGCAGCGUCCGCUCACGGGGAAAUCAUCCUUCCCGGCGUUUCUCUCGCCGACGCCGCGCAAAGCGACGCGCGCGUGGACGACGGACCGUCCGACCCCCGGUUCGACCGCCACCCAAGCCUCGCCCGCGCGCAGAAGUUCUCGACUCGCCGAUCGCACCGCGGACGCGUAG